GACGGGGGCAGGCCACGAUGAAACCGGCACAUCUGCUUUUUGCACUCUUUGCCUACUCAGCGAGCUCCGUGAGCCCGCCGCGGCACCUGCGCCUCACACCGUCCGCGACACCACCGGGGCAGGGCGGGGGGUUGAGGGCGGCGCACGCCGGGGCGACGGCGCCAUCUUGUGGGUGAGGGCGCGGGCAGCGGGCGCCGCCCUCCAGGAGUUCUUGCGUGGGUGUGGGGUGCAGGGAGCUCUGCUGCGCCCAGAGAGGCGGCAGCUGGACUCGCUGCUCCAGUGGAGACCAUGCAGCUGCCUCAGAGCGGGUGGAAGCCUGCAAGCAGCGCUUGUGGGCACUCUGAUUGUUGUCUCCUGCUUUGGGCGAGGGCUGUGGUAUCCAGGCGUUUUCCUGCUCAUCUGUAUUUCCUACAGCACGGAGGGCUCUGAGGCCGAGCCAGCUGCUGAUUGUUCUCUUCCCUGGAGCAGUUCAACUGGUAGAAAUCUAGUGAGGGCAUUGGCAGCUUUUACUUCAGCAUCAUCCAGCCCUGCUGAGAGGCACUCGACACAGAGCGGUGGUAAAAUGCUGGCAGAGGUUUGCCUGCAGUGCGAAGCCGAUUCAGAGCCAGCAUCAUGUGAAUCUGGAACAUCACAGCUGUUAUGGGAUUUUGACCUGGCCAUGGGCUCUAAUCUACAAGUCGUCUUCCUCUUUCUUUGGUUGCUUCACCAUGGAGGGGGAGAUGUCAGUGUACAGCAGAAACCUCUAAUCCAGGUUGCACUGCUUAAGGAAAAAGUGUCCAUCCCCUGUGAUGUCAUCUUCCCAUACACACUGAAAUAUACCAGAUUUACAAUCUUCUAUUACUGGAUUAAUGCAUGGGACCAGGAAGUAUCCAUCUAUAAUAAGAAAGAACAAGUAGAUAUCCCUCCUGGAGAAGAGAAUAAGACUGCCAUCAAAUCUUACAGUCACAAAACAGAGCCGCUUGAAAGCACCUCUUCUACUGGCACGUACUACUGCAAAGUCCAAUGGGAUGGCAUCCAAAUAAAGGGAAAGGGAGUGUUUGUCCUUGUUAGAGGUACAGGGUAUGCACAGACCUCUUAUGGGCGAGAAAUCCUCAUUACCCUUACCACUCUUCUGGCUGCACUGAGCAUCACUGCAACAGCUCUGCUAGUGUGGAAAAGAAAGAUAUUGUGUCCUAAAAGGAACCAGCUAAAUAUCCGGAGACAGAAGAUAGGAACUCAGCCUCCUUCAGCGAGCCCACCACCACCUUCUCCUGUUUAUGACCUCCUCUCAGGACUGUGCAUGUCUCCAUCCCGUUCCCAGUGCCAAAGCCUUGCGCCAUGCCCUCUGCAGUGCCUGGAUUCGCAGCAAGUUGAGGUCUAUUCUGUCCUCAAGAACAACACGAAGAUCCCAGAACACAGGAAGAGUCCUCCAGACAAGACACCUAAGAAGCAAGAAACUCUAGAAGAAUACAGUAAUACACUGUAUGAGAAUAUCUAAGGGAAAAACUGACCAAGUGUGGAUCAGAUAUCUUCCUGCACGACAGAACUACUUUCUACAUCCUCAGUUCUCUGCAAAGACCCACAGUGACUUCAGGGCACAGCCAUGGGGGACUCAUGAACCUUGGGCUCCCUCCAGACUGCCCUUCAUUAGCAGCAGAAUACAUCUGUUCAAAUCCCACGGGGGCUCAGUCUGUAUUUACGCAGCAAAGCUAUUUUGCAGCAAAGCUGUUUCAUGCAAAAGAAAAGCUGGUUUUCGUCGAGCAGUCACACGUAUCUCAAAAAUGGUGCAGAUGGGAUCUGUGCAGGUUUCUCUCACCUGGCCUGGCUGAAAUACCUACUUGAAUCUUGAUCCUCAAUAAGUGAUGUCACAGUCCAGAGACUUCCCUGCCUGCUGGCCUGAUCUUUGAAUCCUGACCUGCAGCAGUCCAUCUGAUCCUGUGCCUACGGCUUUCCUGACACAGCCAUCAGGCCUUCGUGCAUAGUUUAACCAAGAUCCAAGCAUCCACCUGCCCAUUUUUCCUUUCUCAGGACCCCCACAGUGAAACAUGCUUUCUCAUAAUCUGCUAAUCCCAUCAAGUAGUCACAGAUGCCUGCUGUGACCAUACUCAACUGACUCAAAUCAGUGCCUUGGAAUAAAUGCUUUCCCUUCAGCAAUAUCAGCAGUAUUGGGCAAGGGAUGGAUGCAUGAACAGAGAUAAAAAUGGAGUUGAGGAAGACAGAGAAAAUAUCCAUGCCUGGCAACAUGUCCCAGCAGCAGUGUCCCCUCCAGAACAAGGAAAAGGAAAAGCUGGGAACCUGAGGAAACUCCCUUGCUGGGCUGUGUAAUCCAAACAGUUCAGGGGCCACGUCCCAGCCCAGAGAGGUUCAAGCUGAGCUCCCCAGUUUGCUAUUCUUUUUGGCAAUGGGCAUUCUUAACUGUUUGGGAUUUUGAAUUUCUGUGGGAGGAGGUUUGGAAUCUCUGCCCAACCAUGACCCAUAGGUUUGCCUUUGUUUUAGCUGGGUAGUAUUUCCCAACAAAGAUAAAAGUUUUGUUUUGCUUUGUUUUCCCUCAUAGAUUAUUUGGCCAGACAGACCAGUUCUCAAAUUUAGAAUGACCGGAGUUAGAAGGGAGACUCUUGGGGUGAAUUUUCUAUCCAAGCUCUUCUCUCUCCUGUCAGCUGGAACUUGCCUACCUUUUGUGCUGAUGCAUAUUCUAGUUCUGGUGGGGAAAAGGUUACAUUUAAUAUCCAUAUAACAUGAUCAAACCAGCGGAUCAAAAAGCUGAGGCUGUUUUAUCUCAGAUUAAAAAACAACAACAAAAUAACAACUAAACAAAACCAACCCAAAAUAAGAAUAUGUGGCAUAACUUGAGAGGAAGCACAGAAACCUCUUUAAAGAAGAAGAUCAAAUUAAAACGGAGCUCCAGGGUCAUAGGACCCUCUCUAGUUGAAGAUAAUGUUGCUAUGCAUCAGAGAUAGAGGCUAUGGAAAAUGUCUCCAGGGCCUCCAACCUUCCUAUACUAUGUUUAAAGAGAUAAUCCGCUUAUUGCUUUGCUCUUUUUAUUAGAAGAGAUUUCAAACAUGCAAUUUGGACUUUCUUUAACCACAGGAAAACGCUUUUUCUCUUCCCAGUGUUGAGGAAUUCAUUUCAGAAAGAGCAAUAAAUAGACAGUGCAUCUCACUAGACUUGUCUUCCAGUUGUUAAGUGAUCACAAUAAUUAGAAAUAAAAUUUUCUGAACUCAGCAGUUUUAGUAUUUACUAAUGUGACCAGAAAUAGCAAUUAGGAUAAAAACAUUUCUCAGAAAAAAAAAAAAACAACAACACAAAAACAAAAACAGAGGAUUGUGCAGGUAUAAUAUUUCCUUAACAAAUUUGAAGAAAUGAUGAGAUUAAAUGUAAGUACGUUGUAGUAUGGCGAUAAAAUAUUCAGCCGAAGCUGGUGGUUGAGAUGAAAAGUUUAAGCUUUCAAAAUAAUGCUGCUUGUUUUUUUGUGUUUUGCUUUUUAAAUUUUAUAAAUGCUAAAAAUAAUAGUGCUGCAGAUUUCCUGGCAAAAAUCUCACUUUGCAGUGAAUUGUUUUGCUUUGCCUUUCUAUUAAAUAGUGUUCCUUACA